ACAUGACCUUCGUUAACAUGCACCCAGCAGCCUAGCAUAACAGGUCAGGAGAGAGCUGGAGCUAGGAGUGUAAAUAGUCCCCAAUUUAGGGGGAAACAACACAAAGAAAUGAGUGGAGAAAGCUCAAGCGUCCUCCUUGGCUAUAUGGAAGAAAAGGUGCGUGUCCAGUUGUGACAGCUGAGCAGAGGAGUGUCACAGUGAAAGUGGCCAUGCAUCCCUUCGGCUGUGAGGCUGAGACCUCCCUUCGGGACCUGUUUGAGUACUUCAAGAGGUGCCUGCAGCAUGGAGAGUGGGAGCUUGCCAGUGCCUGUGUGCCACAGCUGGUUAACUCGACGGGAGGACUUUCAGAAAAGCUACGAGACAUAAUCAAAGCUAUCGUCUGCCAUCCUUACAGUUUGAAAUGGCAGUCUGUGGGCAGUCCACACAAACUGGCUUGGUUUUGGCUUCAGGUUUUGGAGAAAUGGACAGAAGAGCAGGUUCCUCCCAGCGUCAGAAGAGAGCUGGAGUUCCUGCUGCUCCUGGAGGAGCUGGGCUCAGAGAGCAUACCAGAGACUGUUCUUAAGGAGUUGCAUCUGGCCUUCUUGGACACACAGUCUGAACAAAGGGCACCGGAGGGUUCAAGGACAACAGAUGCUGCUGUUGAGUCCUGUCUGAGAACUUUAUUGGAGAAAAAGAAGCCCAGACUCGCCCAGUCGUUAGCACAUUUCUUACAGGACCAGUCAUGCCCAGACGACCACACACUGCAGCACACGUUCAUCCAACACCUGAUGAAGCAACUCGGAAAACCAGAGAAAAGGCCGGAGAAGUUAGAGGGGUGGGUUGAGGACAUCUACGCCGUGUUGUCUGUGAUGCCAUGGAGCUCUGGUAGAAGCGGCGGGCAGCUGGAUGCGCUGUGUGAGGCACUGUGGGCGGCCAGAGACGGGCCCCUGAAGGAGGAGAGGAUCCUGAGCUCGCUGCUCCGCCCUCGCUGUGACGCUCUCGUCUCUGUUUACUGUUCCACGGCUUUGAGACUUCAGAGGGAUCAUCUGUUGAGGAGCGCGCCGGAUACACAAGUGGAUCUUCCUGAAGCAGAGAAGCUGGCCCUCAGUUUAUGUUGCCACAAGGAUCGUCCAUCCACUUGGAAGACCAUUUAUUUUGAGUGCCUUAGUAGUGGAAAGCACUUCCUUGAGCAGGUCUUGGUCACAGCGCUCGACCUGAUUAAACAUGAGGAGUUUACUCAGCUCAAAGACUUACUGAAGUUGGAGUUUCAGCCUUUGUCUCGGCUGCUGUUGCUUCUCGGCUGGACUCAGUGUCGCAGUCUGAACUCGGCUCAAACGCUGCUCAGCAUCCUUCACCAAGAACAGGGACCAGCCAAUGACUCUGUUCUGCAGGAGUUUGCCAAUCUCUUGUCCUCUCAGCUUGGAAUACUUGAAUGGUGUAAAAACAACAAUCCAGGGAUUUCCAUGGAGGCACUGCUGGCACAGCUUCACACUCUGGACAAUCACUCUGCCCUCUAUAUUCUGCAUUCUCUGACUCCUUUGGCUCAGUUUGAGGAGCGCAAGAUACUGACUCUGCUGCAGCAACUGCCAAAUUCACCAGGAACAGAGGACGCUGAGGCCGUCAGUAGUCUCAGUUCUAGCGUGCAGAGGAACAUUGUUUUGUUCCAGGGCUUCUGUGCCAUGAAGUACGCCAUCUACGCUCUCUGUGUAAAUGCACAUAAAUACUCAAACUGCACCGAGUGUGAGUCCACGCAGCAGCAGCCAUCUGAAGCAGAAACGGACCAUAAUCAAACCUCAGCUUCCUCAGAAGGUUGCCAUUUGCAGUUCCAGCACUACCUGUCAGAGUGUCAGCUCUAUCUGGAGGCCGUGCCCGCCAUGUUCCGCCUGGAGCUCCUGGAGAACAUCUUCUCCCUUCUCUUCCUGUCCACUGCUGACUUCACCCAGCAGAGCCAAAAAGACUCGAAUCAGAACUCUCAGUCAGAAUGUUUAUCAGAUACAAGAAACACAAGUGUAGAACUGGGAACUAAAGCAAAGAAAGAUGAGACUGAGAACAGCCAGAAGCUGCGUUCAAGUUCACCAACAGCAGCCCACAGCAGUCACCUGGAGCUGGGACACUUCAUCCAGGGCUGCAGGGGGUUUCUGGCCGACAUGACAGCCAUGGCGGGUUUUCUGAAGCUGCUGAAAGAAGGGCUGGAGGGCAUGUGUGUGGUGGGCCAGCAGGAGGGACAGGAGGCAGGGAGAGCGCUGCCUCGAGAGUCCGAGGUGGCGGAGAGCCUCGGCUGCUCAGUGACGGCUGAGACGUUCGGGGCUCGCCUGCAGAGGUUGUCCAAACGCACUGCGGAGGCUCAGUGGAGGCUGCAGAUCAUCUCCAGCAACCAGGGCAGUGGAAGUGGUUCAGAAAGUCCUGUCCAGAUGUCAGGGGUCAGCUAUCCUGUCGCUUCUGUGGGACGCAGCAAGAGCUCGAGCCUGAGGAGAAGGAAGAGACCAGGGAGACAUGCGACAGAGAGACAGACCUCAGUGGAGAAACACAAUGGAGAAGUUAGCACGAGUGCAUCAGAUGGUGGAGGAGGGACAGCAGUAGGUUGUGUGGAGUUGGAUGUUUGUCCAUGCGGAGGUCCUCACAGCUGGCUGGUCCCCGCCAUGUUGUCCCCUCCAGAGUCUCUGCUCAUGUCCUGCAUCCGCAAAGGGAACUUCAUGGAGGCUCAUCAGGUGUCUCUGGUGUUCGAUCUGGAGGCGUCUGCCUGUUGUGGUGAGCUGGUGUUCAUGGAACGCUACAAAGAGGUCCUGGUGGAGCUGGGCCGGGUGGAGCAGAAGAUGGAGAGCCAGUCUAUGUCUUCAUCCUCAUCCUCCUCAGAGGGUUUGGGGACAGCAGCUGUGUCAGCCGCAGGGAGGUGUCGACUGGGGAGCAGCGGGCGAUCAACCCUGCAGGCCAUCGGAAGCGCUGCUGCUGCAGGUGUGGCUUUCUACUCCAUCUCAGACAUCGCAGACCGUCUGCUCAGCACCCCAGCUCACCCAAUGCCCUCACUGGAGGACAAGUACUGGCUGAGCCGCUGCUCUUCAGACCCCUCUGGCCUCCUUUACACUCUGCUGGAGGAGCUCAGCCCAGCAGCCAUGGCGGCCUUUGACCUGGCCUGCUGCCACUGUCAGCUCUGGAAGACAUCCCGACAGUUGCUGGACACUGCAGAGCGCAGGCUCAACAACAGUCUGGAGGCUCAAGGAGUGAGAGUUGAUGCUAAGGUUCCUCAUGCUGAGGGGAUCUGUGGAUUCCCCAUGGUGUUACAGCAGAUCAGCAAGAUCCUGAAUCAUUCUGCCACUAACAAGAGCUCUGUGAAAACAGAAGCUGUUGGGGAAGACCAAGUGUUUGCCAGCCCGUUUGGUUGCUGUAUCCAUGAAGUGCUCCUGUGUUGCCACCCGGCGCUGAGUGAAGAGUGCAUCGCUGCUCGGCUCAGUCUGGCUCAACGUUUGGAGACCACCCUGCACAUCCUGAGCACUGCUACAGACGGCACAGACAGCAGUGUGGGCAGCGUUCUUCUGGCACAGCUGGUUGAACAAGCCAGUCUGAAGCAGUCAGAGCUGGAUGCUCACCCCGUCCGCUCCAGCAUGAAGCAGCUGCUUCGUUCUCUCGACCAGCUCUGCCCCUUCGAGCCAGAUGGAGAUCUUGCCAGACCAGAUUAUGUGCGCAGUUUCCUCGACUAUGUCAACACACUAGCGUCUGUGUUAGUGCGCAGCCUGAGUUCAGAAGAUCAGAGUAGUGAAGUGAAGCUUGGGAAUCCACUGCUGGUGCUGCUUCAAACCCCGUUUCAGCUUCUCUCCCACCUGCUGUUUGACAGACAGGUGUCUCCUGAAAGAGUGCUGUCCCUGCUGCAGCAGGAAGGUCUGCGGCUCAGUGUGCAGCAGGUGAUUGUCCAGCGAUGCUGUGAGACUCUGCCUGUGUGGACUUCCUGUCCAGGUGAUGACGGAGACUCCGGUCAGACCAAGAAAGAUGACGGAGUGUUCGGUGUUUCCAGUUUGUCCGUCCUGCUCCAACAGCACGCUCAGGAGCACAUGUCAACUCUGGGAAUCCCAGAGCCUCAGUCUGAUGCGAGCUCUGAGUCCGAGGCCUCAGUGGACGACCCCUCCACUACACCCACCAACCUCUCCACCUCGCCACCAUCUCAGUCAUCCUCCUCCUCUUCUUCUUCCUCUUCCCCUUCGUCUUUUCUCCUCACACCAUCAGCUCUGUCUUUCCUAAAGUCUCGCUCUCCUUUACUGGCCACACUGGUGUGUCUGAGCGCCUGCAAAGGAGAAACUGCUCGGACACAAUCCUCCGGAUGGUCCGGCUAUUUCCGCAGCAGCCGUAAAGAAGUCGUCCUAGACACAGAGCAGAUUUCUCUGGAAGCAGAUAACCUCCUGAAGGAGUUCCCUAUUCUCCGGGCGUACAUUCACACCAUGGCUGAACCGUUACUGGACACCCUGUUACGUGAGGGCGAGGAAGGUUUGGCUGGACUCGGAGCGGUUGUUUGUGGGAAACCACUCGUCAGCCUCCUGCUGUCUGGGCCUCAAGAAGAAGCUGCACAGGCUGUGGCUGCUGAGGCCUUCCAGAAGGCUCUGUCCUCCAGAGACCUGGGCCGAGCCCUCAGUCUGCUGGAGCUCUAUGGGCAAGGCUGCAGCCAGGAGGGGGCGCUGAGAGACCGCCUGCUUGCCUGUGCUGCAUUAGAAGAUGGAGAUGAAGGAAUCGGUCAGCUGUUUCGUGUACAGGAUGCUAACCUGCGAGCGCGCGUUGCCCUCCAGGCUCUGGAGCGCUGGCCUCUGUCCGCCUGCCUGGAGCUGCUCGAGUUCUGCCUCAACGACGUGAGCACAGAGACGUCGCUGAGAACAGAGUUAGAGCUGAAGAAGAAAGAACUGGACAUCUAUCACUGGAUGUUGAAUCUACAGCCUCCGUUGCCAUGGACUACUUGGCAGGAGCUCAGGACUCAGUCUAAGACAAACUCUGAGUCCAUGUUUUCGACGAUGGUGGAGGCAAAAGAAUUUGCUCUGUGUGCACAGUGGGUUGAGCUCUAUCCUGUAUCCGACCAGCUGAGACUGCAGCUGCAGACUGAGCAUCUGCUUCAUCUGCUGGAGAAGGGACAGGCAGACGAGGCGUUCCAGUUACUUGAAGGCCUCUCAGACUUUGUGGGCGGCCUAGAAGUUUGUGAGCGAGCUCUGGACCGCUGCCCCGGAUUGGCUGCCUGUCACUUCCUGGCCGACUACCUCACUCUGCAUUUCCAGAGGCAGGUGUCUCCAGCACGUAGACGGCACAUCCAUGCCCUCCAUCUGGGCUCCAAGGUGUUGCUGACUCUGCCUCCAGCAGCCAGGCAGGAGUAUUUCCCCCUGCUGUCAGAGCCCCUGCUGAUGCUCGAGCAGCUGCUGAUGAACCUAAAGGUGGACUGGGCAGACGUGGCGGUGCGAACUCUCAGGAGCCUCCUGGUUGGUCAGGAGGCUGGCUUCGGUGCCGAGGACAUCGAUAAGCUUCUGGCAGACUAUGCCUCCAAGGCCCUCGACUUCUCAUACGCCCCAAGAGAGAAAUCUCGAUCCGACUCUGUGAUCAGCCUCCAGGAUAUGCUGACGCAGUGUCCUGCUCAAGAUGGCUGCUCGGUUUCAUCCGUUCGAAUUGAAUCCCCAGCAUCAUCUACGGGCAGCACCCCCACACACACCUCCUCCUCAAACAGCACGGACAGGGAGAGGGAUCGAAUCUCUGCAGGGAAAAAACGCCGCUCGCCUGCCAAGUUCCAGCCUCCAGACCAACCCCCUGCCCGUAAAGACUGGGUCCCUGACACUAAGCAGCACAUGUGCAUGGUCUGCCAGCGUGAGAGGUUCACCAUGUUCAACAGACGGCAUCACUGUCGGAGAUGUGGCCGUCUGGUUUGUCACGCGUGUUCAGAGCAUAAGAUGCCUGUUGAGGGCUGCCCGGGAGAAGAAGUCAGAGUCUGUGACCAGUGCUACGCCUACUUUCACCCAGAUUCUGACGAUGAGCUGGAACCGGCUGAAGUGGCUGGAAGCCCUGUGGUCACAGAGGAAGCUCUUGAUGGGAUGCUGCAUCUACCGGAAGUGGUCCAACGACAGAUUCAACUCAGCACAAACUCUGCAGAGAAUCAGCUGCUGCGGACUGAGUUCUACUAUGAACAGGCUCCCAGUGCGUACCUCUGCGUGGCGAUCAUGUCUCUGCACAGCGACCAGAAAGCCUGUGGUCAUCAGCUCAUCAGCCACUGCCGCUCUCUGUCACGUAAGCUGAACAAUCCAGAGGUGGACGCCUGCCUCCUCACCGACAUCAUGCGGCAGCUGCUCUUUAGCGCUAAGCUGAUGUUUGUUAAGGUUGGCCGCAACCAGGAUCUGGCCUUGUGUGACAGUUACAUCAGCAAAGUAGACGUGCUCAAAAUCCUAGUGAAGGCCAAUUACAAAUAUAUUCCAUCUCUGGAUGACAUCCUGGAGACUGCUGCUGUGACACGUCUCCGCAACCAGCUCUUGGAAGCAGAGCACUACCAGCUGGCAGUGGAGGUGUCUACCAAGAGUGGCCUGGACCCUGGUGGCGUGUGGCAGGCGUGGGGGAUAGCAUCUCUAAAGGCGGGGAACCUCUCAGGAGCGAGGGAGAAGUUUGCCCGCUUCAUGAAGGCUCCACUGGACCGCAACCAGCUCAACCUGGGCCCCUUGCUGCUGCAGGAGGUUGUCCAGCACCUGGAGACAACUGUACAGCCCACUCUGAGCACAUCUCAGGGCGAGGACAUCUUGGCGUCCCUGCGGGAGCUGGAGGGUGCCCUGUGCGAGGCCGGUCCUGUGGAUCGACCAGAGGGUCAGACACAGAGCAGCAACCUCCACCAAGAGUGUCUCUACUACCUGAACACAUACGGCACUCACCUGGCUCUAAUCAGCUUCUAUAUGCGUCAUGACUGCAUGACGGAGGCCCUGACGUACCUGCUGAACAAGGAGUGCCCAGAUGAGGUUUUCAUAGAGGGCGUGUUGCAGCCCAGUCUGGAGCGCGGGCGUCUUGGCAUGCUGCAGGGCAUAAUGGAAAAACUUGAUCCUGGUCUGGAGACAUGCGGCCGAUACCUCAUUGCCUCCUGCCAGUUCCUGCAGCGACGAGGAUACUACAACACUCUCUACCAGCUCCAGCAGUUUAUGAUGGAUCAUGUGCGUGCGGCCAUGACGUGUAUCCGAUUCUUCACUCAUGGAGCCAGUUCGUACCUACAGCUGGGAGAACAACAGCGCUGGUUGGUCAGAGCCAAAGAGCACUUGAGGACAUACCUGCAGGAGCAGCAAGGCCGGGGCUCUGGGAGGAGAAGGUCUCAGGUCAACUCAUUCAGGAAGAUGAUGUCAUCCAGUGACGUGUCCAGGCACAUGAACACAAUUGAGCUUCAGUUAGAGGUGACCCGUUUCCUCCACCGCUGUGAGACCACAACCUCCUCCAAAGCGCCACAAACCAGUGCACCUUCCUCCAAGUCCCCUGGAUCCAGCUCACCGCCUACACUGUUUGGAGGAAGCCCAAUGAAAAUUGAGGUUGCCUGCAAGGUGAUGCUCGGAGGCAAAAACAUAGAAGAGGGAUUUGGCAUUGCAUAUAGAGUCAUACAGGACUUCCAGCUGGAGGCUCAGGCGGUCUACGUGCGGGCCGGCCAGAGGCUCGUUCGACAGAGGCAGUAUGGAGCUGUACGGCAGCUGCUCAAAUGUGUCGGUGAAUCGGGCACCGCCACCAAAAACGACUGCGACGCUCUCAUCCUCAGCUGCGUCUCCAUUGCAGAUAAGGGACCAGCUGAUGCCAAGGAGCUGGAAAGUCUCAUUCUGGAGGCCAAGAGCACAGAAAGCAAGAUCAAAGCCUACCUGCUGUGCAGCAAACUGCGACCAGCGUACCUGCUGGCGGUGAAGCUGGAGCCGAGCCGAGCGGGCCCGUUGGUCCAGGAUGUCCUUCAGGCCGCCGAGGGAGCACAGGACUCAGUGAUGCAGAAUAUCUGCAGCCAGUGGCUCACUGAACACCACAAGUCAUCUCAGCAGCGGCAGGGCCGACCUAAUGCCAGGUAAAGGUGCAGUCGGCAUAACAAGGUAUCACACGUACAGCACUUGAAAACAAACGAGCCGCAAAUGAAGCGUGAUUAAAAGGAUCCAGGGAUUCUAACGUAACACAGAACUGGGAGUGCGUGGGAAAUGAUUUGAAAGGUUGCACGUAAUUAUGACUGCAUUAUUGUGUGUAACAGGAGAACAGCUGUUGCACAUGUUACAUGUUGUUUGGUCCACAACUUCAGAUAAUUGUAAUGAUUGAUAAUACAGCACACUUCACGCCGUACAGUCCCAUGCUGUCACUCAACAGUGUGUGCUAAUACGAGGCCCAGGAGUCAAAAUGGUUUUAAUGUCUGAGCUUUGAAUCGUUAGAACUACAUUUUGCAGACUUCCAAGUUCAGAUGGAUAGUUAUGAUAUUUUGAAGUGGGGUUGUAUGAGGUACUUAUCCAUAGUCAGUCUAUUACUACAGUAGGUGGCGGUCGGCAUGCUCCCAGUCUGGAGAAACAGGCACAGUGCCACCACAGAGCCUAAGCAAUGUCCUGCUGUGGACAUGGGCAGCAGCAAAACAUAUUUUAGCCACCUAAAAAUAUCAAUAACAGUUUAAUUCUAUGCAAUAUUUAGAAUAUUUUCACUGCUUUACCUUGCUGUCAGACAGCUCUUCCUGAUGGGGAACUGAACUGAAAGUCAAACUUGUAUUUGUUUUCUUUAAAGCCACCAGACUCCUAUGACAAAAUGAGUAACUUUACCCCAUAGAUAGGGAUGUCAACGGUUAACAGUUUACUCAAGGGAUGCACGAUAAUAUCGGCACGUCAUUGGCAUCAGACAAUGUCAGCUUUAAAAUGAACCGGCCAGCAUGCUUUUUCUUAUUUUGCACAAUGAAUUAAUAUUACAUACACUGAAAAGUAUUGUAUUUCAUGUCUCUAUCAUGACAAGAGUAUGUAUGCAUUAUAGGAUGUUAGUUCCACUACAGAAGAGACUUGAUGAUCACUACAGUUCACUUGUGAAAAAAGUGGAUAUAUUAAUAUUGGUAUCGGUUAUUGGCCAAAUAAAUUAUUAUAUAUCGCCACAUCGGAUAUCGGCAAAAAUUCCAAUAUUGUGCAUCCCUGAGUUACUCGGUUAACCUCCAAGAAUAUUUUACUGGUUACAUAUGUCAGUCUAACGGUUAAUUUUGUUGCUCCUCAGUUAAGUAGUAGCACUAGCACUAUGCUAUAGCCCAACAAAGCUAAUAAGGUAUUCAUGCCACAAGUUGCCUAGUUGCCGCUGCUCUGUAUUGCCUACCACUAUGGUCAGGUGGAAGUUAGAGGAUAGCUAGCACACAUUCGGCGAUUACAGCUGGUUACACCGUGCCAACCCAAGCUGGCGUUGCUGCGUAAACAUUGUGCCCGACCUCUGGUGUCUCCCUGGGUCGCUUUGACUAGUAAGCAGCUUAAUUUUGAGCCACCGUGUUUACACAGCAGUGUGGGAUAGUGUUACCAGCAGUAAUCGCCGAAUGAGCACACGCCUAUCAAGCUCCUACCCUGUCGGAGCACAGUGGAUAGCAGCUAACAGCUCACUAAAUAGCAACUAAUUACAGGUAAAAUAGUGAGAGAUCAGUACCUUGUGGUACUUUUAGUCAAGGGGAUAGCACGUGAACUGGACUUUCAAACUGUGUCACAGUUUGUCAAAAAUGGCCAAUAAAGUUUCCUGACAUCAUUACCCGCAGAACACGGGAGCUGCUGGUCUAUCGCUGCCUCGAUUAUUUAGUUUGUUUGUGUUGUUGUGUGACUUUGGUGAAUCUGAACUAACCGUUUAAAACAGAAAAGUCACACAAUAACACAAACAAUUGAACCAAUCGAGGCUGCAGUAGGUUGUGUGUUCUGUGAGCAAAGAUUACUGUUUUUGUCAAUGGAGUCAUAGCAUAGAUAACGGCCACAGCUCCCUGUCUGAAAGGGCUGUUUGACGGCAAGGUCAAAGAGUGAAAAUGUUUUAAAUACAGCAUACACUUAAACUGAUAUAGAUUAUUUUAAAUCUAAAAUACAUUUGCUGCUGCCCUCAGUCCACAGCAGUGCAUGACUUUUUGCCUCUAUGGCAGCAAUCCUGCCUGCUUCUCCAAACUGGGGGUGUGCCCACUGCAAUCUACUGUAGGUAAUACACUGAUUACGGGUAAGUAGCUUAAACAACCCCACUUCAAAAAAUCCAGAAAAUCCCCUAAAAUUCUCACCUAGCUGUGCUGAUGUGUAUCUUUACUCCAGGACUCUGUUACAUAACUGUUUGACGCUCACUUCCAACCACACCUGUCUGUGUUAAUGGGUGUGUUCGGUGAAACGGACAAGAAGCUUUUAAUCAGAGCGAGCUCUGAAACACAGUUUUUCAGCCUGUUGUUGAGUCUCUAUUUCAGUGGCAACAUCCAGAAAUCCUGAGGUUGUCUUUCUCUUUAUGUUUGUGCAGCCUUCCUGUCUGUAAACCUAACAAAUCACCGCCGUGCUUUAUUUCCAUUCCGGAAAUAUUUUGCUGUUAUCUCUCAUCUCUGCACUAUUUGAGAGGGAACAAUGUUACUACUCUGGAGCGACCACAACUAUUACAUAACAAAAUCGCUAACUGCAACGUAAACCGAUCCAGUCGUUCUUACACAAUAUAAACAUAUCUAUAACUCAGUAUCUGACGAAGAUUAAUCUCCUACCUCAACCAAAAGGGAAAAUAUCUUAAACUGACUGGAAGGCCUCUGACAUUUACUUUCAUUUUAUGUCCUUAUUGUUUCUGUGUGUGAAUUUAAAUGUAAAUGCAAUGAGAUGCCAAGAACGGUACAUGUUCAAUCCUUGAAGAAACUGAAAAAUGUCAAGUCUUGUUUUUGUAAUCCCGAUGAAGCUGUUUACCUGUUUUACUGAUAUUGUAUAGCACAUUUUAUGGCCAGCAUUCAGAGUAUGUUCCCUUUUGGUAAGGGAAAUUAAUGUCACACAGAAUUUGAAGCAUUUUAGGGCAUUUAAGAGAGAUUUACAAGUAAAAUUUAGGUUGGAUACAAAAAGGGACCCACUUACAGAUUAUGUUAUGGAUCAAGUUUAGGUCAUUAUCCAGAAUUUCAACUCUAAUAGUCAUGAGUUUUGUCUCUGGAUGGCUAGUUUCUAGCCACAUCUUGUGUCUCCUGUUGAGCAUCGCUAAUUUUCAUCAUGCUUUUCACUCUGUUCUCAUGGGAGACUUGACCCAUAUCUGUCUGAACUAUAUAAAUCCACAUCAUUAACUUAUGUUGAUAAUCAGUCAAAUAAUGUCAAAAAAGGGAUUUAACUUUUGCCAUAUGGUUGUCUUGUGAUGUUCGAUUUUUUUGUUGUUGUUGUUGUUGUUUUUUUUGGUCUAUUAUUUUUCCCACAAACCUGCACCCUGGCCACAUGAUAACAGUGCAAAUGUAUCAUCACCACAUUCAUUUACAUGACAAUCACCCGUGCUGCAGAAGCUGCCUUUUAAAGACUCUGAUUACGUCGUCAAGGUCAUCUUUAUUUAGGGGAGACACUGUGUUGUCCCUUUGUCUCACUUCGCUCUGCUGCACUAGUCUGACGACUGAGACUGACGGAUCUUCCUGUGAUAGUGAGUGUUGAUCGGCAAGAGAUGAAAAAGAAGCCAGUGUAGACAUUCUUGCACUCUAAUCCUCCUUAACUUGGACUGUUGUCUCAUCACUGCCGCACUUUAUACUUAGUGAGUUUAAAAGAAAUAAACUUCUUUUGGUAAAAAUGGUAAAAUGAUUUUGAAAUGUAAUUGUUUUCUCCAUCCCCCUGUAAAAUAAAAUGAAAUGAUAAAUAAAAAUGUAAUAUACAAAAAUAUGGGUUAUUGAGCUUAAUGCUGCCAAGUGUCUUGAAAUGAAAGGAAAAGUUUGACACUUGGGGAAAUACACUUUUUUGCUUUCUUGACGUUAGUUAGCUAAAUGAGAAGAAUGAUACCACUCUUGAUUUAGAGUACAGUCACACAUGAGCAAAACUGACACUGGGGAAUAUUCAACUCCUGUUUACUUGUAUUCAGUGUGAGCUAGAGUUGUACCGAUAACAAUACCAGUAUCGGAAAUACCUCCGAUACUGCCUAAAAUGCGGUAUCAGGUAUCGGCGAGUACAGCCUAUGACCAAUCCGAUACCACGUAAUGCCUCAUGCAAUGGUUUGCCUGUAGUGUGCGUAUGUGUCAUUAGGCAUACGCACACUACAGGCAAACCAAAUGGAAAUGGAGCGGAGUCUAAAAAGCAUUCUACUGUAGCCUUUAAAAUGUCUUUUUUACCAAAUUGUGUGGCUGCACUUUAACCUGUGUCUUGAUCUGUGUCAACACUUGAUAAUGAUAAUAAAAAA